AUGGCCAUCUAUUCGUUUUGGAUUUUCGACAGACAUUGUAAUUGUAUUUUUGAUCGAGAGUGGACUUUAGAAUCAAGUAAAGGCACUAUUAACUCCAAACAGAAUGAAGAGGUCGGAAAAUUAUUAUUUGGUAUGGUUUACUCUUUAAAAUCUAUAGUAACAAGGCUAAGCCACUCAAAUACAUCAAACAACGUAAGAACAAUAUCCACAUCUAUUUUCAAGAUUCAUAUUUUAUCAACAGCUUCCGGCUUAAACUUUGUUUUCAUAAGUGAUAUUGGAUCUGAAUCUUUAUCUCAUCUGUUGCAUUAUAUAUACCAAGAAUUAUAUGUACCUUAUGUAGCUAGAAAUUAUUUGUCUCCAAUAGAUUUUACUGAAAAUGAUGUAGAAGAGACAAGAGGCCAAGGCACAAGGAAAAUUUCAAAUCCUUUGUUUGUGGAAAGUGUAGAGCAGUUUUUACAACCAAUGGUAUCUAAAUAA